CAUGGCCUCUGCUGCCCACGCGCCUGCCGCUUCCGGGUCCCCGAGGGGAUUUGCGUGACGUAAUCAUGCCUCACAGCGCAGCGGGGUGACGUCACACGGCAUUGUGAUGGAGUUCCGACGUCAGCCUCCCACCCCCGGUACUGACUCUGCCGCGGGCGGGCCCACGGGCUCCUCCUGUAGCGCCCGGGGACUCUCCGGAUCAGCAUUUGAAAUGACUGCCCACCUGACCGUAUGGGAAGAUGUUUUGCACAAUGAGCAGCUCAUUCCGGAGGUAGCUGCAAUCGCUGUGGAUGCAGCAUUGCUUGAAGGAGUUCUGAUGAGGACCAAAGAGGAGCCCAGUUCAUCGAAUGUGGUGAAUUAUGCUCCCUUUACAUUGCUCCCAUCUGUAGUACCAAGCACCAUCUUUGAACAAGCCUAUGCUGUUCAGCAAGAUUUUAACCUACUUGUGGAUACUAUUAGCCAGAACGCGGAAUUCCUGGAACGCACUCUUGCUAGCACCAUCAAAGUGGAUGAUUUCACAGCUCAUCUCUUUAAAAUCUACAAGCAAGUUCAGAAAGAAGGGUUUGCUCAGUCAGUAUUCUUAGGAAUAAAUCGCUCUGAUUAUAUGAUUGACCAUGGCGCAGAUGGCACUCCAGCACUGAAGCAAAUCGAAAUAAACACCAUUGCUGCCAGCUUCGGAGGCCUUACUUCAAGAACCACCGCUGUGCAUCGGCACAUAUUGAAUGUUUUGGGGAAAUCCAAGGAAGCCUUGAAGUUACUGGACAAUAAUCCAUGCAAAGGGAUAGCCUUGGGCAUUGCGAAAGCUUGGGAACUCUAUGGUUCAGCCAGGGCUGUGGUGAUGGUCCUGGUUGCAGAUACCCAAAGGAAUAUUUUUGACCAACGCUGCGUAGAAAAUGAGCUGUGGACCAGGAAUAUCCGGGUGAUCCGGAGGCAGUUUGAAGAUGUGUUUGAAAAAGCAUCUUUAGAUAAUGACAGGAGACUGUACAUGGAAGGCCAAGAGGUUGCGCUGGUGUAUUACAGAGAAGGUUACAUGCCAGAGAACUAUAACAAACAGAACUGGGAGGCACGGUUGUUGAUUGAAAGGUCCAAAGCAGUUAAGUGUCCUGACAUUGCUACCCAACUUGCUGGGACCAAAAAAGUUCAGCAGGAGCUGAGCCAGCCAGGAGUCGUGGAGAGAUUACUGCCCAGCCAGACUGAGGCGGUUGCUCGGAUAAGAGCGACAUUUACUGGCCUCUAUUCCCUGGAUAUGGACGAAGAAGGUGCUAAGGUGGUUGCAAUGGCCAUUGCUGAUCCAGAACGAUAUGUCCUAAAGCCUCAGCGGGAAGGCGGAGGGAACAAUCUCUAUGGGGAAGAGCUCAAGCAACUUCUGGAGAAGAUUAAAGACAGUCCUGACAGGGCCUCCUAUAUCCUAAUGGAUAAAAUCAAACCUCAGACAUCGAUGAAUUACUUGCUCAGGGCUCACAGUCCCCUGAAAAUAUCCGAAUGUGUCUCUGAGUUGGGGGUCUUUGGUGUCUACGUCAGGCAGGGGAAGGACAUUGUGGUGAAUAAGCACGUUGGUCACCUCUUGCGAACCAAGGCAAUUGAGCAUGCAGAUGGCGGGGUGGCAGCUGGGGUGGCUGUACUGGAUACUCCCUAUGUGAUAUGAAGAAGAUACCUCUCACAUCUGUCGCCCUAACUGCUGCCAGAAGAGCUGUGAUUUCCUUUAGGGUUUGAUUACUUCAGUGUCUUGAUAAAUGUUUAAUCAGGACCGCAGGGACAUGCCCUCCUUGUGAUCAGUGGGCCAGGAGGGGGUAUGUGCAAUCACACUUGUACCAAAUACUUUUGUGCUACUCCCCCCCUCCCCCUUCUUGUCUUUCCUUUUUAAUUCUUCCCUCAAAGUCUUGAGUUCUCAUCUCAUCUUUUUGCCUUAUUGAUAAGGAGUUGGGAUUUCCCUUGUACCCUCUUCAAGACACUAUAGCUGCUCAGUCACUCCUUAAGUGCCUAAUCCCAGAGGGUUAAAUGUGCCUUCCACAUUUCCUGCUUCUCAUUUAGUUGCUACCUAUGAGGGCAUUUGCUUUCUGGGCCAAAGGAAAGGAAGAUGGAGAACAAAAAUGAGGGUAGAUGGAUUUAGUUAAGGCCUCCCUCCCCCAGUGCUGCUAGCCUUUGUAUCAGAGAGAGAGCCUGGAGCACAGGGCCUGGUGUGAGGCCUAAACCAAAGUCAGCAAAAAAAAGCUAUGAGCGAAAUUCAUUCUCUUAAAAAGCAGAUGCUUGCUUACACAUUCACUGUCUGGUAAAUGAACGAGGCAAAGCAGAGCAAGCAUUGCUAAAACAGACAUUCCGAAGAAGUUUUAGGUACAGGGUAUUAAUGUAAACACGUUCCAGAAGGCUAGUACAGGUACACCACAACAUAGUUAUGGAAUAAACACAAUCCUAGGAGAUUGUACAGAGACACACCAACCCCAAGUAGGACAAAGAGAGGAGGCUAAAAUGAUGGAUGGAGAGGUCUUGUUCAAACCAGCACGAACAAGGUAUAGGGUUGGUAACUACCCGUGACGGGAUUGUAAUACGUAAUUUGAUUGUAUCAGUGUAUAAAAUGAGAAAUUAUAGCGGGGACAAUAGAAAAUUCUGCUACUGACUGAGCUGAGCCCAUGUCACUGGGCACUCGUGUUAGCAUACAUGUAACCAUAGAGCCAGGGUACUAAUGCUGUGUCUUAAGGGCAAUAAACCUGGCCAAGGGCCUUUGCCACCAAACAGAGUCUGGUCUUUCUGGGUAAUGUGGAGGUCUGCUGUACUAACUCUCUGUGCAGAGCUGGGACAGGGCACACACAAACUGAGCACUGGCUGACCCUGACUGCUGAUUUGGUAAGGGUGAGCUGUCCACUGUAGGACUUGCUGUCUAACAUAACACAAAACUCUGAGUUAGGGAACCUGCUUACCUUUCCCUUCAAAUCCCCACAGUGUUUGAUGAGGAAUAGACUUGCUGGGUAACAAGUGAAGACAGGCCCUAGGAGUUUAAAAAAGAAAGUGAGGAAAGGUGGACUGGAAUACUUAAGGCUAUGGUAGCCUAGAAGAAGAAGAAAAAAAGAAGUGUAGAAUAUUGAAAACUAUUGCCAUGGCUGUGAGAUGGCUAAGACAACAUGCAACAAAAUUGAUGGGACAAGUAACCAAAAUGAGAAGAAGUAACCCAAGCUGUCAAAGACUGGAACGCCAGGGCAUCAGGCAAUUCAGAUGCAUGAUAUUUUUCUGUUUCAUUUGCUCAAGCAUAAGAAUCUGGGAACCGCAAUAGAAAAUCUGCAAAAAAGUGCCAUCUCCCAGCAUAACUAUAGGAGGGCAAGAACAGACUGCAGGUACUUUCGUAACACCUGGUAUGUGGGGACAAAAAUGGGAGAAGGUGGCUUUAGCAAAAUUAAAAAUUGGAACGUGGGAUUGAUGGAGUGGGUGGUGCAAUGGGGACAUGUGGAAUGACCUAGACCAACCCCUAUCUAGCAAUCCUGGGCAGGGGCCACUGCACCAUCACCUUAUGAUAAGAACCAGGUCCUGGCAAAACCUAAACCGAGACAGUGGUACCUCUUAGAAUGGGAGAAGCAAAUGGGGAGGGGGUGGAAAAACACUCAGAUGGGUCUUUCCAAAGAGUGGAGAUUGAAUAGGCAAAGAAACACAAUAGUUAACAGGUUUCAUUAGACAACAUGGGUUGUGAACUGAUCACGGGUAAGGCUACGAUUAAGUGACGAGAUCGCACAAGUCACGGAAUCCGUGACUUCCAGCGGCCUCUGACUUCAGUCUGUGGUUGGGAGCUGCAGGGUCCCCUGUAGCCUGUGGGGGCAGGGAGCUGCUGUAGCCCUGCUGCCUCUAGUGGCCCCUGGAGUUCCAAGCUGCACUGGUUCUGGCUGCUGUGAGUGCUAGGGUAGCCCUGAGCUCCUGGCUGCCGCAGGCUGUGGAGAAUCCCUAGAGCUCCCAGCCCCCGUGAGGGAACCUUUGAGCUCACAGGCCCCCAGAGCUGUGAACAGCAGGGGUACCCUGCAGCUCCUAGCCCCCACAAGUGGCAGGGGCACCCCACAGCUCCUGGCUGUGGGGGAACUGCCAGGCUCCUAGCCACCGUGGGCCCUUGGAGCUGCAGGCAGCGCGGGUUCCCCACAGCUCCUGGCUGAUGCCACAGGUGAGGGCACCCCACAGCCCCCAUGGGCAGUGGGGGGCCCCCAGAGCUGCUUGCAGCAGGGGUACCUGGCAGCUCCUGCUGACACUGGAGGUGGGGGCAUCUGAUAGCUCCUGGCCCCCAGGGGCAGCAGAGGGACCUGCAGAGCUUCAGGUGGCAGGGAUACCUUGCAGUUCCUAACCCUGUGCAGCUUCCCCAUUUCAGGUGGUGUGGGGACUCUCAGAUCCCAUUUUGUCCUGGAUAUUUUUAGUAAAUGUAAUGGACAGGUCAUGGGCAAAAAAGAAAAAUUCACGGAAGCCGUGAUCUGUCCAGGAUAUUUACUAAAAAUAUCUGGUACAAAAUCUUAGCCUUAAUCAUGGGAGAAGGAGAGUAUAAAGCCUCAAACUAACAAAUCUAGAGUCAGUGCGUUAACACCUAGAAUUGAUACAUUACAAAUUAAUGAGCUAACUGCUCUGGUGGGAGCUGUAGGUCCCCCCACCCACCAGAAAAUUUUAGUGAGUUUUUGGUGUGGCUACAUAAAUGUUCACAAUUUUGCAAGCAGUAGGUAUUUCUAUAGCAGAGAAGGCAUUACUUUGGACAUUAUUGGAUCCAUAAGCACCUGCACUGUUAGGUUUGACGAUAAUGUUAUUCAGAUGAUUAGAUGGGUGACAACAGCACUUUACAUUAUCUUCAAGCAUGGCUGCAAAAAUUGCAAGGCGGCCUGGGGAGGCUCCCACACAAUUAGCUGAGAGAAUUCAAAUAUACAUUGAGGAAGGGAAAUUAGAACAAGAAACUUUAAAAGAUGCUGUGUUACAGGCAUUGCUCUCAGGUGUGGUGGAAUGGAUGAAAGCAAGGUAUGAGCAUGAAGGCAGACAUGCCUCUGUGUGGGGAAAAUAGAAGCAGCAAGGGGGAACUCUAGUAAAUGAGCUGCAAACACAACUAAAGCAGUGGAAAACAUGGAUCCUCUCCCCAAGGCUGGGGUUAGAGGUUGGGGAAUGAGUAGAGGCAGAGGAGUAGGAAGAAAUGGUGAAUGGAUGCCAGUGAGGCAGUUGAUACAGGAGAGUAGAGCUCUGAAAGGCUAGAUUGAUAAUUUAUAGGCACUGCUGCAAGCAUGUAGGAUUAGCAGGGACAGUGGAAAUAAAGAUAAGAAAACAGAGCCUCAGACGGUGGUAUUAAAUGACCCCAUCACCAACAAACAAAUGCCAUAGGACAGCCCUCCCCAGACUCGGAGUGCGUUUUCCAACAACCCAUGACUGUAGAUAUUUGGGGAUGGCCCCAUAUAAGCUUUGGAGUCGGGGACGGGCUUGUCAAUUUUUUAUUAGCUACGGGGGCAGGGAUUCCCAUAGUAAAAGAUGUGUAAUGCAUACCAGUUACAGUCAGUACAAAUGCAGGGACUAUCGGGAUAAACAGAAAGAUACCCUAGUUUUGUGUACAUGCAGUUCAGGAAAAGUGUGCCAUUGAAGGGAGCGAACAUUUGAUUGGAGCAGAAACAAUAAAGCAUUUGGGAAUAACCACUGAUUUCCCAAAUACAUGUCUCAGACAAGCUCUUACCAUGAAGCGUGGGGAAAAGAGGUUAAUCUGAACCCUCUAGGGUAGGGGUUGGCAACCUUUCAGAAGUGCUGUGCCGAGUCUUCAUUUAUUCACUCUAAUUUAAGGUUUCACGUGCCAGUAAUACAUUUUAACGUUUUUAGCGGCUCUCUAUGUCUAUAAUAUAUAACUAAACUAUUGUUGGAUGUAAAGUAAAUAAGGUUUUUAAAAUGUUUAAGAAGCUUCAUUUAAAAUUAAAUUAAAAUGCAGAGCCCCCCGGACCGAUGGCCAGGACCAGGGCAGCGUGAGUGCCACUGAAAAUAAGCUCUUUGGCACCGUGCCAUAGGUUGCCUACCCCUGCUCUAGGGCUGGAUGAUAAAACCAAAGAACCAUGCCGGAGUCCUGGGAAACUUGGCCUGAAAUACAAAAUGUGUGGGCUAAAAAUUCCCUGGACACAGAAAAAGUACAGACCAUAGUUACCUUGGGAGGGAGAUAUUCCUCCAUUCGUUAAACAAUAUCCAAUACCCGAGGAAGCAAAGGAAUCAUUAUGACAGGGCCUGACUUUUGCUCAUAGCCUGGUUUUUGCUGACUUUGGUUCAGACCUUGCAUCAGGCCCCAGGCUCUCUAUCUACUACAGCCUCCUGAGUCUGCGCCACGGAAUUAGCAGUUCGUGCUUGGGGGAGGCAGUGCUGUUUGCACUGGCGUGUAAUUAUGCCUUUUGGCACACAGGACAGGCCUGGUCUGCUCGUGCUGCCUAGUUCCUGUGUGCGGUGUAGUACAGAUUGGUUCCUCUUCACUCAAAGGAAUCAACUCACUAGCUUCAGACUGAGCAGGAAAAAAGUAGCUAAGCAGAACUGCAGUCUCCAUUCCAUGUGAUUUUUAACAGAGCUGCUCUGCUAUAUGGCAGUGCUUUAUCUGCUCAGUUUACUGCUUGCAACCCCCAGUCAUUUCACCCUGUCCAGCCAGCUGAUGGCUUUACUGUUACAGGCAAAACCAACUCUAGCUUGGAAAGAAGGGUCAUUGAUGGUAGCGGAAUAAAGUGGCCAGGGCUAAAAAAGUCUAUCUGAUCCCUCUGUGAUUUUAAGUAGAGAAGAAGAGUGGCUGGAUGAGUCUGGUCCCUUCCCCCAUGUCACUGUUACGUGAUUACAUUGCACACACAAAAACUACCUACACCUAGUGAGGUUGCAGAGUUAAGUGCAUCAGUGUUAGGAAAUUCCAGGACUAAGGUUGCCUGUGAAAUCUUAAUUCAGCCCCUGGUACAGUCUUUAAUUAAUUUAGUCUUUAAGUUAAUUGCAUGGUCACAUGGUACGUUUUCAACAGGCCCGUUCCUCAUUCCGUGCACAGGAUGGCCAGCACUCACUGCGUGAGCAGCUGUUCGAUUUGUUGGUUUGUUGUUGUUGUUUAGUCAGUGGCCCCAGACCUUAUUUACUGCACACGUUUCACACCCUGGUCUCAUACAGAAUUGAGUUCCUCUCGGGGUUGGUACUCAUCACUAUGGUAUCCACACAGGGCCAGAUUAACUUUUUGUGGGCCUGGCUCCAAACAUGUUUGUGGCCCCCAUAGGGGCAAUGGAGCAUGGUGCAGGGAGGUCAGUCCCCAGAGCGAGGGGCCAGCCAGAGACAAUGGAGCAUGGCACUGCUGGGGCGGCCCUGCUCCCAGCCCAGUGCGAGGGCACUGUUUACAAACUGGUAGUUGCCAAGUGCACAGUGGCCCACCUGGCCCUGUGCAGCCAGUGUGCCCCUUCCCCUCAGGGGUGGGCCCAUGCUGUGCCACACAGCCUCCCUUGCCCAACACGAACACCACCAUCCCCAACUCCCUAUCGCCAGAGCGCCCCGCCCCAGACCUGCUAUGCCCAGCACCCCUUCCACAAAUGUACAGCACCCUGCACAUCACCACCCCAGCACACAACCCCAACACAACUGCCCAGCGCCCCACACAGAACCCCCAUUCCCUUGUGCCUCAACACACACAUCUUCCCUGCCCCAGAGACCCACUCCCCCAAGCCCUGCCUCCCAGCCCUGCUGGGAGGUGUCUGUAUCUGCUGGGCUGAGCCAGCAACACAGCUAGGACUGGUCCUGGGUUGCGGAAUCGCUCCUACCCCUUGGGAGUUUCACGAUCAGCCAGGCUAGUCCUGCCCCGGCCGGGCUCCCUCAGUACCUACUUGGCUGGAGGUGCCCAGUCAAGCCCCCCACACUGUUCCCUCCCCCCUAAAAUGACCAAGACUGGCCAGGCUUCUGCACCAGUCCCAGAUGGCUCAGCUCCAGGGAGACAGGCAGGGCCCCACAGGGAAGCAGGGACUAGCUGGAGGUACACUGGGGUCCAACUAGGGGGCAGAGAGGAGCUGGUGGGUGGGAUCAGGGGGUGGAGAGGAGCCCUAGGCUGGCCAGUGAGAUUUUGGGGGUGGGGGGGCGGGUUAUCCCCAGCUCAUUUUGAGAUGCCUAUGACCUGGUUUUUAAGAGUACUUAGCAUUUUAUAGCACUUUACAUAUUCAAACACUCCCAGCACCCAAUGCGUUCAAGCACUCCCAGUGACUGUAGUUGCAACAGAGUGCUCAGCACUACUGCAAAUCAGGUGCCAAAUCUCAAGGUGGGCACCCAGAAAAUGAGGCACACACCAUUACUGACCAUCUGUGACGUGCUUGAUAAUGACUUGCCUAGCAUCACAUGGGACUUCUGUCAGAGGUAGGGCUAGACUCCAGGUCAGUAAUCAAGUGCUAUAAGGAGACCCACCUUUCCCUCAUGCUCCUCCACCUCACAUGCAGCCUUAAUCCUGGAAUCUCCUACCUUUUGUGUGCUUGCCUGUGCCACCUUAAUGUUCUUUUUAACAUUGUUUCUGUGUGUAUAAUUUCCUAGAAAUCCCACCAUGUUGACACCCCCUGUCAUAGUAUGAUUCCCAAAUUUGGACCUUAGCGUCCAAAAUAUGGGUACUAGCAUGAAUUCCCCUAAGCUUAAUUACCAGCUUAGAUCUGAUAGGCUGCCACCAAUCAGGAUUCUGAGUACCUGAUAAACUCUGGUCUCCCCAAACCUUCCCUGGGGACCACAAGACCCAAAUUCCUUGAGUCUCACAACAAAGGGAAAUAAACCAUUUCCCUUCCCCCUCCUUUCUUCCUCCCAGCUCUUUCCCGCCCUGGGUACACUAGGAGAUCACCGUGAUUCAAUUCCUUGAAUCACCACACAGAGAGGAAUGAUACCUUCCCCCAGAGGCAAUCCAGAUUCAAGCUCCGUGAAUCUAAAACAAAGGGAUUCCACCCUUCCCCUCCCUUCUCCUUCCCUGUUAAGUACAGACUCAAUUCCCUUGAGCCUCAACAAGGGGAAAAAAAUCAGAUAGGUCUUAAAAGCAAAACUUUUAAUAAAAAAGAAAGAAAAAAUAAAAGGUCUAUCUCUGCAAUUUAGAUGGUAAAAAGUUACAGGGUCUUUCAGCUUAUAGACAAUAGAAAGAAAGCUUUCUCCAGCAGAAAUACAAUUUAAAAUACUUUCACUCAAAUACACGUUAAAACUCUACCAGCCAGAUACACAGUUGCAAAUACAGAAAAUUAAAAAGACUAAACUGUCUUUCUACUUUUGUACUUACAAAAUUGAAACAGAAGAUUAGAGAGCCUGUAGGUAUGUGUGGUCACUCUCAGAGCCUAGAGAGAACAAAGCAAAACCCCCAAACUACAAAACAAAGGCUUCCCUCCACCGAGAUUUGAAAGUAUCUUGUUUCCUAAUUGGUCCUCUGGUCAGGUGGUUUUUUGGUUCCUGUUUGUUAACCCUUUACAGAUAAAAGAGACAUUAACCCUUAACUAUCUGUUUAUGACACACCCCCCAUGGUGCAUCAGCAGGGCUGGCACCUUAGCUCCACCACACAGACCCCUGGCAGCUGAUAGCAAGAGUAGCUUGUCAUCCUGUGUGUGGACAGCGCUGUAGGGGAGGGGACACCAUAGCCAGUGGGUUCUACAGGUAUUGGCUGACAGCACAGGAAUGGUGAGAUCUAUGAAUUUUGUGGUCUAGUGUUGGCUCUGGAGGGGAGCAUUCUCUACUUGGCCAGACUUUUCUGCUUGAUUGUCUCCCCCUUUGGCCUAUUCUCUCCACUUUGUCCCAGUCCUCCUCUGCCCUCAGCUUCCCCCUGGCUCUUUGUCCCAGGGAAAAGCCUUCUGUGCCCCCAGCAAGCACUCUAUGCAAAUAAGUUUAAUUUUAUGCAAAUUAAGCUACUUUUUUUGGUCAGCAAAUGUUGGUAGGUGCAGCAUACACAUCCAUUAUUUAGGGUGAAUGACAUUACAAGGCUAGUGUCGUUAUAAAUCCCUAGGUUAUACCCACCCUGGAAAUUCAGUUAAAAUGAAACAUAAGAGAUAUAGGCCUGGUCGGAUCUAGAGAUGCCCUGGGAAGGCACCAGACAGCCUUAGCGCUGCCCUAGAGUGAGGGCCACCAUGGAGGGAGAAUAUUCAAUAAAGCCAACGGUUUGGUAAGACUCCAUUUGAGCUGUGCCUACAAACACCAUAGGGCAUGAUUCAUACUUGCAUGGUCUUACUACAGAGCAGAGUUACACGUGUGAGUGGCUUAACUGUGUGUUUAACGGUUUGGGUUUAUUUAAGUAUAACUUUAACUCUGAAUUUCUUGAGUUCAUAAUGCUCAGUUUGGGGAUAAUUACAGCACUCUUAUCAUGCCGAUUGCCCUGACUUACUAAUGUCUUCUCACCUUUUGCUGAAUUUUAAUGUCAUUUUUAUCUAGGCAUAUUAAGUUGUACUGCUGCAUUUGCUAGUGCUGUUGUACAUUUGUACCUGAGGACAGGGGUGCCUGGAGCAUAUGGCUCGGCCUCCUUAAUUUAGUAUUUGCAUAAAUCUAACUAAACAAAUAGCCCAGGCCCAGCCCAUUUUCUCUGCACAUGUGCUAGCGGAGGCCUGUUCCCCACUUUGCCUGCCCCGCCUGCAUCCUGUUCCAUGUCAGACCCUUCCACGCACCCCUAGAAAAGGCCUCUCUCCGCCCCCAGCCGGCUCAAGCCCUCCCCUGAACGCCUUUCCUCCCUUUCUGUCCCCGUCCCCGCCCAUUGCUGUGACAACACACAAUGCUGGGGGCAGGUGAGAGUAUCACUGACGCAGCACUGUUCUGUGGGUGCUGUGCCUGGAAUCGCCCUGCUGCAGCCGGUAACAGUUACAGACUCCUCGACAUGAAGGGCAGAAGGGCCCCACGUGAUAAUUUCGCAGCACUUUCCUGAGCGAUUGGUCUGACCCUCAUGUUGUGAUAAAGUCUGGUGUUGCCUCCUCAUAACCAAGGCUCUCUCCUGCUGCAGGGCUGCAGCUGUAGUACAGACCAAUAGCACGCACUGCACAUUCACGGGGACUUCCCUAGUUCUUACCCGCUGAGAAACUGGCACUAGGGAACACCAAACGCCAAGGCUGGGCUAUGAAGAGCUGCUAGAUCACUGGCUCUUAGGGUGGCCACACACCCUCAGCAGGUGGCACAUCUCAAGAAAAGGCCUGAGCUGGAGGCAGCAGCUCAUUUCCAUGAGUCCCCUGCAUGCAACUGUUGGCAAUUGAGCCCCCAUGCCCCAGUUACUGUUACACAGAGAGGCAGAGGCCUCUGGAAAAGAUCCCUGCUUCCCCUCUCUGAUACCCUCCAUGAGAGGGAGCAGACCAGCCUGGCCCCUGGCUGCAGGAGAUAAUAUGGGAGUGGAGGUCAGAGAGCGGCUUGUGCCACACUCUGGGUCUGAGCAGCCCCAAAGGCCAUGGGAGUGUGGAUUGGGUGCUGAACUGCAUUGCUUGGGGCCCACUCUAGGCUGAGGCAGGAGCCAUUGAGACCAGCGUGAGUGGGGUGAGGCCAGCAGGUCAUAACGAUAGGGUGGGGAACCCGGAUAGUUUAAUAACAUGAGAUUGUUUAGCUGGGACCAUCUGAAAGGACAUGGGUGUUGUGGGAGAGUUGAAGCACAGAGGUGAGCCUGGGCGGCUGACACUUGAGCCUGUUCCCCCCCCCCCACCCCCCGUGAUGCAGAGAAAAGAGGGCUAGUAAAGUCAUUUAUUCUGCACUGUUCUUCAGUGCCCCGGCAGGCCUCACAGGGAGGUGGGAAUGGGGCAUCCCAGCUCCCCGCGAUGUCAUGGGGAACAAGUGUUGGUACUGCCCACAUGAAGUCCGUUUAUCACAACUUCCCCUGGUGCCUCAGUUCCCAGGGGUGAUGGUCUCUCCCUGCAGGUGCAGAGGUUCCAGUAGCUCCUAGUCCCUCCUGCUGGGCCCUGGCCUGACGCAGAGGCUGUGGCGAUGAGCUCAGGCUGCAGUGCUGGGAGUCACCUGGGCCAAUACAGGUGCUUGGGAGAGCUGACCCUGUCCCGAUGCCCUGGUGGGGCUGUGAAAGCCCUGCCUCUGCCCUGUGUACGGGGAGCCCCAUACCACACAAGGGAGGCUCAUGGGGCUAGGGGCCACCUGGCUUCCUGGGGCCUUCUCAGGAAGGAGGUGACGGAGACAUUAGGCAUAAAAACAUCUCCUCCCUGAUCCAGACCACCAGGCUCCAUUGUGGCCAAUCCCCCCGAAUCUGUUAGGAUUUAGAUAGUCAGGCCUGUCUGUAAAGGCUUGUACAUUAAGAAUUUAUGUAUGUUCAGCAUUUAGCUAGUUAUAGAGGUAUAAAAGAGAAUCAGAAUCACCGUCUGACUGUGUAAGGGCCUUCUCUCACUGACACAGCCUGAGGCCCUGUUCUUAAGCUUUGGCUAAGCAGUGGAAGCAGCCAUAAAUGGGAAAGCGAAUAGUCAUGACCUCACAUUUCAAACCAGUCUCAUUGAAAUAAGGCAUUCAGGGGCUCUUAGAAAGGUGACCCGAUCUGUCACCUCCAGAGAAAGGGAAGAGCCUAGAAGACAUAAAAGGAAAUUUAGUUUGAUAGUUUUCUCUUUGGCAAGAACUCACUUAUCAAUAGACAUCGUUGCAAAACCCUUCUGUCUUUACAGAUGUAGUUGUGAAAGCCUCAUGUCUGUCUUGUUUUGUCAUUAUCGUUCUCACUUUGCUAUUGUUUAUUUGCAUGGUCUCUGUCUGGUUCUGUGAUUGUUUCUGGCUGCUGUAUAAUUCAUUUGGCUGGGUGUAAGCUAAUGAAGGUGGUGGGAUAUAAUUGAUUAGCUAAUCAUGUUACAAUAUGUUAGGACUGGUUAGGUAAAUUUCAGUACAAUGAUUGAUUAAGGUAGAGCUGAGAAUAUUACUAUAUAAAUUAGGGGCAAGCAGGAAGUAAGUUGAGAUUGAAAAAGAAGGAAAAAGGAACUUGGAUUUAAGCUUGCUGGAAGUUCACCCCAAUAAACAUUGAAUUGUUUGCACCUUC